AUGGAUAAUCCACCGCCGGCGUAUGCUCCCACGGGCGCCACCAGCUACCAACCGACUCAGCACCGAGCCAAUGCCAACCGGGAACUUACCAAAAACGAUAUUGUCGGUUCAAAUGUCGCUGUCUACGAUACCUUAGCGGAAAUCUACCUGAUCCUCCCUACUUUGGAAGUAGUGGAAAAGGCCUUCCUCAAAGACUUUAUCACCGAUAAGGAGAAGUAUACCGCUACCUGCACCCGUCUAAUUAACCAGUACCAGCUUUUGGUGAAGAAUUUGCUUGAAGACCAUCGCCAACCAGUCCAACAAAUCUUGGGAGUGGAUGUCACUGAAGACACGUUGCUUGAGCGAUUAUCCACCAAAUUCCGCCUCGAGUGUCCCUUAGCGGUUAAGAGAUUAACUGUGGGGUAUCCUGCUACGAUACAAAGCCUCCAUUUGCUGUCUACUCAGACCAGUACUCCCGAGCCAGGGGCCACUCUGUCAUCGGCUACGGGGACGACAAACCAACGACUUAUCGCUCAAGUGACGGGCAAUUUCAUCACCGUGAUGGAUGCAAUCAAACUCAACUACAAUACCAAACAGCAGCUUCAUCCGUUACUCUCAGAACUUGUGAUUAACUUGAAUGAGCUUCCUGGCGACGAGGAGAGAGGGGUAGAGUUCCCCGGGAAACUGAAACUUGUUAAUUGGUUGAUUAAGCUUAAUAACCUUGAGGGAUCGUUGGAAGCUGAUGAUCUAGACGCGUUUUUGGCCGACGUCGACACCGCCUACAAGGGGUUCUUUGAAACGUUAAAAUAG